AUGGCUGGGCAAAGUCAGCCUCUGUCUUAUAAGCCACUGCCGUGUAAAGGAAGAAGGCAGCAAGGGCACAAGUUAUUCCAGACAUUAUCUGAUGUUAUAGGCAGUAUUGGAGGUCGUACCAUCAUCUUCACUGAGACGAAGGAUUCUGCAUCAGAGCUUUCUGGUAAUACUGGUGUUGCUGUCAUGCUUUAUGAGCCCAGAUAUAAGCACAGUGUCAGCAUACUAGAAAGGGAGUCUGGAGUUAAAUUUGAGCAUAUCUCUGCGCCACAACCCACUGAUGUAGCACAAUCUGCUGGCAGUGAAGCUGCAGAUGCCACUGCGAGUGUGUCAGACAGUGUUAUUCCUAUCUUCAGGCAGCAAGCAGAGCAGUUGCUAAGCUCUUCCAGUCUGUCUGCAGCUGACUUGCUUGCCAAAGCACUUGCGAAGGCAGUUGGUUACACGGACAUAAAGAAAAGAUCAUUGUUAUCUUCCUUGGAGGAUUACAGUACACUACAUCUUCAAACUGGCAGACCGAUGUGGUCACCUGGGUUUGCUAUAACAUCCCGGUGAUCGUGUUUCUUCAUCGUCGGGGUCAUAGUUGUUCCCAUUGGU